AUGAUUGAGACCCAACCAGCUCAACUUGCAAAUACCUUUAGGGAACAUCAUGCGCAUGCUAGUCUCCCACCCCAAAGUCAUACUCCAAGGAAAAUGAAUGCCAUAGUGACAAGGAGUGGGAAAAUCUUAGAUGAUGUUCCUCGAGCUAAUAAGGUUUCUAAGCCUAAUGGGAAGGAUCAAGGGGGAGUCAUUGAGUCUAGUGACAAUGAUGUGGUAGAAGAGGAGCCUCCCAUCAAUGAUGUAGGUGAAACUCCUAUACCAAAGGAGGCAACUCUCCUACCUCUCCCCACUCCUAAACUUCCCUAUCCCCAAAGAUUCAUAAGGCACAAGUUGGACGUGCAAUUCUCAAAAUUCCUUGAUGUUCUUCGAAAUUUUCACAUCACCCUCCCCUUUACGGAAGCAUUGAAACAAAUGCCUACCUACUCAAUAUUUCUCAAGGAAAUCUUGAGUGGGAAGCGGGAUUGCGACGUAAAGGAGAUGGAGCUUGAAAUAAGCAAUGCCUUGUGUGAUUUGGGUGCUAGCGUUAGUCUAAUGCCUUACUCGGUGUUCGCCAAGCUUGAAGUUGGUGAUCUUGUCCCAACUAACAUCACUUUGCAACUUGCCGACCGUUCGGUCAAGUACCCUAUUGGCAAGGUUGAGGAUGUACCCUUGAGGGUUGGUGGAUUAGUGAUCCCCGUCGACUUUGUAGUCCUAGACAUAGAUGAGGACGUGCAUGUCCCUAUUAUUCUAGGCCGCCCAUUCUUGGCUACGGCCGGGGAAAUUAUUGAUGUCAAGCAAGGGAACAUUACCUUGAAAGUUGGGAAGGAUAGCUUAUUUUUUGACUUGAACAAAGCCAUGCGUUAUCCUAGUUCCACUAACGAGAAAUGUCUCUUUGUUGAAUCUUUUGAUCCCAUUGUGAAUGACAUGCACGAGCACUUGCUCACCACUAAUGAUCCACUUGAGCUUGUUCUUUUGAAUAGACAUGGUUUAGGUACUUUAGGGGUCGAAGUGGCUAACUACAAGGAGCUCUUGGAUGCCCCACCACCUUGCGCUCAACCCGAGCAAUGCAUGCUUGUGUUGGAUGGGAAAGAAGCUUUGGAUGAAGCCGAAAUUGGUAAGGAAUCUCCCAAGGUAGAGCUAAAACCUCUACCUUCGAGCUUGAGGUACGCAUUUCUCGGACCCAACUCUUCUUACCCCGUGAUUAUCAAUUCCUCUUUAGAUGACGAGCAAGUGCUCAAGCUCACUCAUGUCUUGAAGUCAUCAAAGGGCUUUGGGCUACACUAUUGGAGAUUUGAAAGGUGUUAG